AUUGGACAGCUGUACAUGAUCAGCAAACACAGCCAUGAACAGAGUGACCGAGGAGAGGGGGUGGAGGUCGUCCAGAACGAACCCUUCGAGGACCCUCACCAUGGCAACGGCCAGUUCACCGAGAAGCGGGUGUAUCUCAACAGUAAACUUCCAGGUUGGGCCAGAGCUGUUGUCCCCAAAAUAUUUUAUGUUACUGAGAAGGCUUGGAACUACUAUCCCUACACAAUUACAGAAUACACGUGUUCCUUUCUGCCAAAAUUCUCCAUUCACAUAGAAACCAAGUACGAGGACAACAAGGGAAGCAACAACAGCAUUUUCGACAACGAAGCCAAAGACAUAGAGAGAGAAGUUUGCUUUAUUGAUAUUGCCUGCGAUGAAAUUCCAGAACGUUACUACAAGGAAUCUGAGGAUCCUAAACACUUCAAGUCCGAGAAGACAGGCCGGGGACAGUUAAGGGAAGGCUGGAGGGACAGUCAUCAGCCCAUCAUGUGUUCCUACAAGCUGGUGACCGUGAAGUUCGAGGUCUGGGGACUUCAGACCAGAGUGGAACAAUUUGUGCACAAGGUGGUCCGAGACAUUCUGCUGAUUGGACAUAGACAGGCUUUUGCGUGGGUUGAUGAGUGGUAUGAUAUGACAAUGGAUGAUGUUCGAGAAUACGAGAAAAAUAUGCAUGAACAAACCAACAUAAAAGUUUGCAAUCAGCAAUCCUCCACUGUGGAUGACAUAGAGAGCCAUGCCAAAACAAGUACAUGACAAUGGAUGAAGUCCGAGAGUUUGAACGAGCCACUCAGGAAGCCACCAACAAGAAAAUUGGCGUUUUCCCACCCGCAAUUUCUAUCUCCGGCAUCCCAUUGCUGCCUUCUUCCGUCCGCAGUGCCCCGUCCAGCGCUCCGUCCACACCCCUCUCUACAGAUGCCCCAGAAUUUCUGUCAGUCCCCAAAGAUCGGCCCCGGAAAAAGUCUGCCCCAGAAACUCUCACGCUUCCAGACCCUGAGAAAAAAGCCACCCUGAAUUUGCCUGGCAUGCCCGCCUCAGAAAGGCCAUGUCGGCCCAAGUCCGAGUAACUCGUCCUAGGGAUAGUUCAAUGGGGUUUUCUAUGUUCA